AUGGCUACCAUUGAGGAUUCCAUUGAACUGUCUCCGGAAAUCAACUUCGUGGAAGCCGCGCAGAGUGAACUUCAGUUCUUGAAGCUUGUAGAUCGUCACCAAUCCCUCUUACAAGGUCCUGCUUUUAAAAACGCUUUAAGAAGAUAUGAGUUGUUUUGGUUACCGCUCUUUUCAAAGUCCGAUAUCGACGGUAAGGAACUCCAAGCACCUCUUGAUAUAGAGUGGAUCUGGCAAGCACAUAUUCUUGAUCUUAAGGUUUAUGAAAUAGAUUGCAGAAGUAUUGUGUCUAAAGAAGUCGAUCACAGGAUAAUCAACAAUCAGCAGAGAAACAAGGCGUUGGAAAAAGCAAGAGUUAUAUGGGAUACAGUCUAUCCCAACGAAACCUUCGAGGCAGACCUCCAUAAUCCUCCCAGUUCUUUUCCAAAAUACAAAUCCAAAAUGAAGUGCAAUUUCCAAGAAGCUUGUGCCCGUCUCAGAAACCUGUAUCACAACGUUUCACUUCCUCAUUAUCAGGAUCCAUGGUUUCUUAUGUCUUCUUUAAAACGCUACAAACAGCAUCUGGUGUUAACUCGCGAUAAUCCAAACAGUAACCUCCUUACAUGCUGUGAUUUUGAUCUCCUUUGGAAAACGCAUCUGCUACAUCCAUCGAUCUAUAAAGCAGACGUAAACGCUAUUCUUGGCCGUGUUCUGGAGCAUCCAGAAACUAAAAUUAACGCGUUGGACAUAUCUAAGUAUCUGACACUUGAAAAGGAGACGAAGGCUAUAUGGGGAAAAAACAAUUUAGUCUUUAAAAGGCCUGGAACUAUGUUUCGAGGUGAAGCUCCAUUUCCUCUGCCAAAAGAACCAGCAGACGCGUACCGACAAUUUGCGGUCUUUGAAUUUGAAAUGGAGCUCGUCAAAUUUGAGACCGAAAACUUUGAAAACGACAAAACAUUUUCUUUCUCUCUUCAGCUUAACAACAAGGAGGUGAUUUGGAAAAAGAGGCUAAAAGGAGGAAGCCACAGCCUUGGGAGCGAUGGAGAGCCUCUUUCAAAAUUUCUAAUCAACACAGACGAGAAAAACAGCAUCACUCUUUCGUUUUAUCAAAGAAAGUUGUUAUCCAAGACUCCAAAACUUAGUCAUUCGAUCGAUCUCACAGAUUGUUUUGAAACCGCUCUCAGUGCACAGACCAUAAUGCACGUUUUUCGAAUUCCUAUUCCGAUUUUUGGCCCUGCUAACAGAAAAGUUUAUGUGACUAUUAGGACCUGUGAAUCGCCAAAGCCAAUCAGCUAUAGGUUUACCUUGAGUCCAGAGCCAGAAUUCGCAAAGUUUAAGCACCCAGCAGAUGUUCUUUCAGCUCCAAAAACGAUACUUAAGAGAGAAAUCCUCACUUUGCAAAGGGUACCUUGUGAAUUAUCUGUAUACCGUUUGUAUAGCUACUGUGGAAAACCUGCUUUUACUUGUCGUGUGCUGAAUGCCGAACCAGCUGACGUCUUGGUAUUGGAAGUUGUGAACAGUGAAGGUAAUACCGUUGCCUCAGCUCAACUUGUAAACAAUACUUUAUUUCCUAGUCAUUUGGAGCCUUUGGAGGACUCGUCUAGGUGCGUCACGACAAAUAUGUCUGGCAGCGAAACCGCUCUGCUUAUUCGAGGGCAGUCAGAUUGGGGGAUAUGUGUUGGAAUCAAAACUACCCAUCGAAUGUCACUGGACGACGAAGAAAAUAUCGCAAAGAUCAAGUUCUUUAGACUAGGGGACAAGCAAGCCUGGUGCGAUGUAAAGAAGACAGAGAAUUCGCUACUGAUCCAAAUAAAUUCAAAUGAAGACAAGGAUAUAGCAAUGAAUCCUAAUGAGGGACAGAUUAUUCUUCCUAUAGACAUUGAUGAUGUUCCAGAAUGUAUAGCAACAGGCCUUAGCUUGAUGUUACUACCGUCUCUCUGCUAUCUUGUAAGUUCGGUGAGUGAAGGUCAAAGUUUUCUAAGGCAGGGUGCAGAAUCCGACGUCACGACUUUGGUAAUUCGUUGUUCAAGUCUUACACGUUACAGUUCGUCAAGUCCACCUUAAACCUUUAUGUCGCAUCUAAGUUGAAAGACAAACAAAAGCUUUUAUUGCAAAAGAUUAAGGCGGAAUCCAUUAGGAAUUUGAGUAAUUUUAAUUUUCAGUGGACAAAAGCCUUUUACCAAAAUAAUUUCAAGCAUACUGCAUUCUUUUUUUCCACAGUUUUCGAGGGCUAUGAAUGUAAAAAGUCAUGAAAUAACUCCGAAGAAAAGUCUCUUAUAGGGGCCCGAGAAAACAAACUACAAAAGCUUCAAAUUUCACAAAAUGAAAUCUUACUGAUGACGAUUUUACCUGUGUUUUCUUAAUUUCUGAAAUUUGAAACUAUUUUCUCCGGCUCCCAUAAGAAAUUUUCUUUGGUGUUAUUACAGACAACUAAUUGAAUUUGUAGCCCUUAAAAAAUAAAAAAAUGCGAUAUCACUUAAAAUAUUCUGGUACAAGGUUUUUGUCCGCUGAAAAUUAAAAUUACUCAAUCUCCUUAUGGAUUAAGUCUUAAUGCUUUUACUGGUAUAACACUAAAAAUUAUACAAAAGAUUUUACGUGAGAAGCUCAUCACAUUUUUCCCACUUAUUGGCCUUCUUAGACUGCUGUACUCAAUUUUAGUGUCACUAAAAGAGCACUGAACCCGUUUGUUUUACAAAGAAUUUAGCGCCAUUUGCAAACAUUUUUUUCGUGGGCUUAUGCAAAAUGCGUGAUUGAUUGUUUUGUCAUGAUAAAUGGACUGAAAAAAUUGGCUUCUUCGAUAUAAAUAUUGAGUCACAUCGGGCAUUGGAGGCAAGAAUUAAGUAGCAUUGCCUUUGUGUAACAGUGUAGCAGGAAACCUUUUUACGUACCAUUUCCGAAUUGCCGUGAGCAGAGGCCUCGACUUGAGGCUUGGGUUGACUUUGCCAAUAAUUAGUAAAGUUUUCGAGAAAGAAAUUUUUAACCUUCUAUAGCGUUAUCUAAAGGACAAUUCUAUUCCCUUUGAAUUUCAGUCAGGAUUUCGCCCUCGUCACUCGACUGUCUCGGGCUAGCUUUAAUACAAAUGUGCGACAACUGGUUUGAAAAUAUGGACAACGGAAAUUUGACAGGGGUAGUUUUUCUUGAUAUUCGUAAGGCCUUUGAUUUAAUUGAUCAUUCGAUUUUGCUAGAGAACGUUCAGUUUUAUGGAGACUCUGAGAGGGAACUGACGUGGUUUAAGUCCUAUCUGCCCGACAACAACGUUUCGUAAAUGGACAUUUAUCUUCUCAAAGAAACUUACUCUGUUGAGUUCCUCAAGGGUUCAUUCUUGUCCCCCUGCUAUUCCUCAUUUAUAUAAAUGACUUACCAAAUUGCUUAGAAUGUACUACCCCCUGUUUGUAUGCGGACGAUACCCAAAUCUUUGCCUCUAGUGCUGAUACAAAUGUUCUUGCCAAUAAUAUCAAUUCUCAUAUAGAAAACCUUAGUUUGUGAUUGGCUCAAUGUUAAUAGGCUCCAAUUCCACCCUUUAAAAGCUAAGUUAGUGCUCACUGGGUCGACAUAUUACUUUAAUAAUAAAAUCUAUAUCCAUUGACAAUAAUAUUGUUUCGCAUGUAACCUCUUAUAAAUGUUUGGGAAAUUUAUUGGAUGAAAAGCUUACUUUUAGGACUCACAUCGAGUAUACAUGUAACAAGACGUUAUGGGAGCGUACACUUCGGCGUUGUGGUUGUGGAUUAAUGGUGAAUGGGGAGGAAUAGUAAGAAAUGAUAUUUUUCCGGAUACCCUUCCAUACAAAUACCCUUACUUUUCUCUUUUUGUGUAACAGACUUCAUUUACUUAUACACCGGACGUCUGGUAGGUGCAUGACCGCUUGGCUGUAACCCAAUUCCAUUUUAAUUUCUGUCAUAAAUAAAUUGCGCACGACCAGAUCUCAAUUCCACUUCCUUUAUUUCCUCUACAACAACACUUUACUCAUGUCCAGUUAACUCCACACCUUCAGCAACGUAACUAACUAACAUCAGUACAGUCCCUUACAAAACUUGCUGAAAAUGCUCGCUCUCCACACCGAGAGAAAUUCACUUACAACAUCGCAACGUAAACUAGAAAUACGUAUCUCGCAAUAACCCUUGCCAAACUCGGUUUUUUAGUAGCGCAAGUUAAAGCCUGUCGGGCGGGGUUAGGAACUGGAUGGGUAACCCACCGCGAAUAUCGUCGUGAAGGUCCCUACUUUGUUCUUUCUUUUCUUUUUCUUCUUUUUUGUCUAUUAUGUGGUGCGGUUUUUAAAGUGUAUUGAAAAGCAUAUUUCGGCCGCUGAAUUUAGAAAAAAAAACCACGGCAGUACAGUUCCCGUGAAAAUUAUCAUAACCCUGAAACUUUGAUCUAUCGGCGGGGAAUUUAACCGGAAAACUAAUAAAUUUGGGUUUUCUACGGAGUAAAACGAAUAGGCAAGUUUCGUAUUCCCGGGUGGCCUAGGACGAGCGCUUGUUUUUGCGCGUAAGCGAGGCUAUUGUGGGUCACUCACCAAGAAGACAAACAAACAUCCGAAAACUGCGGCUCAGUUGGCGAAAAAAAGGAAAAUUUGAAACGUUGAAAGGUUUUGGAGGUCUCAAAACGUACUUACAGGCUUGACAAAUCAUUGUUUCAAACAGCAAUAGGAAAAUCAGCUCAUCAUCACUAAGAAAAACAACGCCGCCUAACCAGAAAUUGACCGAAAUAGUGGUCGCGGAUCGGUGAGUGAGUUCAAUAAAAAUGCGAAGAUGACUUCAAAAUCCUUCAACAAGGUAAUACCUUGAAGCCAUUUUGAUGUUAUUUUCAGAGAUGCCUCAAAAAUUUUCUUUUAAAUUACCCAUAGUUUUGAAAGCAGAUUUUGAAAGAAGAGAUAACGCUCUUUAACGUGGUAUAAGACUGUUUAGUGAAAUCGAGGUACGGGUCGACGAUUUUGGGCUUUGAAAUUUGCCAUUUUUUCAUCGAACGGAAACGCUCAAAAUAUCGAAAAUAUUACAUUUUCGUUCAAACUGAGUAAAUCACCUUAU